AUGUCCAAGGCCCAAUUCCUGAGAGAGUACAAGCUGGUCGUCGUCGGUGGAGGAGGAGUCGGAAAGUCUGCCCUGACGAUCCAGUUCAUCCAAAGCCACUUUGUUGACGAGUACGACCCGACAAUCGAAGACUCGUACCGCAAGCAGUGCGUGAUUGACGAGGAGGUCGCGUUGCUCGAUGUGCUCGAUACGGCAGGCCAGGAGGAGUACAGCGCGAUGCGAGAGCAGUACAUGCGGACGGGCGAGGGUUUCCUGCUCGUCUACAGCAUAACGAGCCGCAACUCGUUUGACGAGAUCUCGACGUUCCACCAGCAGAUUCUGCGCGUCAAGGACAAGGACUACUUCCCGGUGAUCGUUGUGGCCAACAAGUGCGACCUCGAGUACGAGAGGCAAGUCGGCAGCCACGAGGGCCGGGAGCUGGCCAAGCACUUUGGCUGCCGCUUUAUCGAGACGUCGGCCAAGCAGCGGAUCAAUGUCGACGAGGCGUUCAGCAACCUGGUGCGCGAGAUCCGCCGGUACAACAAGGAGCAGACCAUCGGCCGACCGGGCGCGACGGGAGCGGCGGGCGGCGCCAACGGCAUGGAGCGCUUCCAGACCGAGGAGGGCAAGCACGAAGGCGGCUGCUGCAAGGGCUGCGUCGUCCUCUGA